UCUCUCAUCUCAUUUUUCCACUAAUCUCGCCGUAUAAAAUUUUCAGCUCUCAUCUUUUUCAGAAGAAGAUUAUUUCAAUUUCCUCCACUGACGCCACAAUUCUCCUGGAAUUCUGAAAUUCUCUUAAAUCUUAAUUUUGCUUGAAUUCUCUGUCAAAGGGUUUCUGGGUUUUGUUCAAAAUCUUGUCUUGAAUAAUGGGUAAUGGCCUCAUUUGUAUGAAGAAGAAAGAGAGCAAGGAUGUUGGAUCCAGGAGCAAGAGAAUGGGUCGUUCUCAGAGGAAAUUGCUUGCAGAGGAGGAGUUGUUACACAGGCAAGCUCUGUCUAUGGCGCUUCACCAGCACCAGUUGUCUCAGAGAUUUGAUGGAUCCAUGUCUAGAAGAAUUGGGUCGACCAGCUCUCGAAGGCACAACCUUUCCGAUCGAUUUUCUAAUGGAAAACAGGUGCCUGACUUUCUAGAGAAUAUUAAGUCAAAGAAAAUCAUUCUGAUACAUGGAGCAGGGUUUGGAGCUUGGUGUUGGUACAAAACUAUUGCUCUAUUGGAGGAAGUGGGGCUUAUUCCUAUUGCAUUAGACCUCACAGGAUCUGGCAUUGAUGUGUCAGAUACAAACAGUGUCACUACAUUGGCAGAGUAUUCAAAACCACUGAUUGUUUACCUAGAAAAACUUGCUGAGGAUGAAAAGGUUAUUUUGGUUGGUCACAGCAGUGGAGGUGCAUGCAUUUCUUAUGCAUUGGAGCAUUUUCCACAGAAGAUCUCAAAAGCAAUUUUUAUUAGUGCUAUGAUGGUGACUGAUGGUCAGAGACCUUUCGAUGUCUUUGCUGAAGAGCUUGGUUCUGCUGAAAGUUUAAUGCAAGAAUCAAAAUAUCUGAUUUAUGGAAAUGGAAAAGAUAAGCCCCCUACAGGAUUCAUGUUUGAGAAACUGCAAAUGAAAGGGUUAUAUUUCAAUCAAUCCUCAACAAAGGAUGUUGCUUUGGCUAUGGUUUCCAUGAGACCUAUUCCAUUGGGUCCUAUGAUUGAGAGAUUGUCAUUGUCCCCUGGAAAGUAUGGAAUUGGACGGCGAUUCUACAUUCAGACAUUGGAUGACCAUGCUCUCUCACCAGAUGUCCAAGAAAAGCUGGUAAGGGAAAAUCCACCAGAAGGAGUUUACAAGAUUAAAGGGAGUGACCACUGUCCAUUCUUUUCCAAGCCCCAGUCGUUGCACAAAAUCUUAGUGGAGAUAGCUCAGAUCCCUUAGCGUCAACUCAGAAAACUUGGAAUUGUUCUUUCUUUAUGUAAUUUUUUUUCCACAGAAGACAACAGUUUCAUCACUCUGCUCAUACCUCAACAGCCCAUCAUUGUAUCUAUAUGGCCAAUCUACUCUAUAUAUAUAUAUAUAUAUAUAUAUAUAUAAAAUGCUACCCUAUGC